AUGGCUUGUUUGUACACCAUACAAGAGAUCGCCGGCAAAGGUCGAGGCGUCCUUGCUGCAACCUCUAUUACCAAGGGAACGCGGAUUAUCUCCGAACCUCCGUUGUUCAGAGUAUUCCGCGGCGGUAGUUCCAAAGAACAGCUUCAUGAGGCCAUUUUGAAGACAAUAGCUGACCUCAAUGGAGAACAACGACAGCAAUUUCUUGCCUUGCAUAACGCAUUCGAUGAUGAAUCUGGCCCAGAACUGGGACGAGUUCGCACCAAUGCCUUGCCUUUGGGAUCCGAUGCUAUUGAAGGCGGCAUAUUUUUGGAUUCGUCGCGCAUCAAUCAUUCCUGUAUUCAAAAUGCCCAGAAUACAUGGAAUGAAGAUCUCCAGAAGCUGACGAUCCACGCCCUCCGCGACAUUUCAGAAGGAGAGGAGAUCACUAUAUUCUACCUCACAGACCGUCCGAACCGCCAGGCACGGUCCGAAGCCUUGUUGUCAUCAUUUCGCUUCACCUGUUCGUGCAGCCUAUGCUCUUUGCCAACCAACGAACGCCAUAAGAGCGAUACGAAUCUGGACGAGAUCAAGAGACUAGAUGAAUUAAUCGGCGAUGGGAUGACGAUAUUUUCUGCGCCUUUGCAAGCAUUGCAUAAUGUACGAAAGCUGCUAGCCCUCCUCGAUAACGAAGGCUUUGCCGACGCGAGCGUCCCAAGAGCAUAUUACGAUGCCUUUCAGAUUGCCAUCACGCAUGGUGACAUGGCAAGAGCAUCAAUAUUCGCGGAAAGAGCAGCGUCUAAUCGUAUAAUGGAAAGAUACGCCAAGGACCCAUCUGAACACUCGGCCUACGGUUAUACUGGAAAAUGGAGGACGGAAAUGGUCGAUAUUCCGAGUGGACUUGAUAAAGAUGCGUAUGAAGGCUGGCUUUGGAAGGAAGAGCAGAACCUCCCCGGGGACAAUGACAUCAAUAUGGAAUAUCUUGGGAUCAUAGAUGGCUUUCACUACUCCCCUAUCAAACAUUGGUGCUUCUUAGGGGAGAUUAUUGAAGUCGAGACAAUCUUCCGUCUGCGGCUCAUUGUAAAAGACAAGGCCAACCACCGAGUCCCAAUCGCUUUCCAUACAGACGAAGGGGGCCAGGAGCUUGACCAAGCACUUUUACAACAUGGAUAUACAGUUGCGAUACUCUAUGCAGAGCAUCACGGGUUCCUGGACAUGACGGAGGGUAUCCGCCACGAAGUUCCGAGCAACAUCAAAAUAUUUCCACUACCCUCUCGCAUGCCCAGGGAGAUGAAGACGAUAGCGCCCCCUAGGCCGGGCUUUUGGUGGGCGGAUUCGUUUUCAGCUCCGUGA